GUAUAGUUGAUUACUCGAUUUGUGUGGUUUGUGCGUAAAAAAUUAAGUUUAUUGUUGUAAAAAUAAGAGAAACAAACAACAAAUAAACAAUUAGGAGAAGAAUUAUUAGAAUAACAUAACAUUAUUGAAUCGUUCGUAUUAAAAUAUGGCCGAAUAUUUGGCAUCUAUUUUUGGAACAGAAAAGGACAAGGUUAAUUGCUCGUUUUACUUUAAAAUAGGAGCAUGUCGACAUGGAGAUAGAUGCUCCCGUAUCCAUAACAAACCAACGUUCUCUCAAACCGUAGUUCUCCAGAAUUUAUACGUAAAUCCACAGAACUCGGCUAAAUCUGCUGAUGGUAGUCAUUUGGUUGCUAAUGUAUCGGACGAGGAAAUGCAAGAGCAUUAUGACAAUUUCUUCGAGGAUGUAUUCGUUGAAUGUGAAGAUAAAUACGGUGAGAUCGAAGAGCUUAAUGUUUGUGACAAUUUAGGUGAUCACCUUGUCGGCAAUGUUUAUAUCAAGUUCUGUAAUGAAGUCGAUGCCGAAAAGGCAGCAACAGAUUUGAACAAUCGUUGGUUUGGUGGACGACCUGUUUACUCUGAAUUGUCCCCAGUUACCGACUUCCGAGAAGCCUGUUGUCGUCAAUAUGAGAUGGGCGAAUGCACUCGAUCGGGAUUCUGCAACUUUAUGCACUUAAAACCAAUUUCAAGGGAACUUAGAAGAUAUCUGUAUUCACGCCGUCGUGGUGGACGAUCAUCUCGGUCAAAGUCACGUUCACCAAGAAGACGUCGCUCCAGGUCACGUGAUCGUCGUCGUUCUCGCAGUCGAGACAAUAAUCGAGCUGACGGACGGAAAGGACGUUACUGAAACUUCAUUCUAUGCACUUUAACUAUUUAACAAAUUUAAAAAUAUAAUAAAAGCUGACAAAACACAAAAAAUAUAUAACGUUUAUCCCAUCUACAAUAA